AUGGCGUCGACCGCCGUUGAACCGCAGACAUACGAGGAAUUUCUUCUCGAGAAGUAAAAUCAUUUUUUGAUAAAAAUUCCUUCUAAAAUAUACUUAUUCCAGGUACAAAGGAACCCGUAGAUGGCUAGGAAAGCCGUGGGACGGUCAUCAAGACGAUCUGGCCAAACAGAUGAAAACUCAACAAUUUGUUCAGAAAAAGCUUCAAAAUGACGGGAUCGUCCUUAGCAAAGUAUUGAGAAAAAAGACUAUUUUCGAAAAUACAAGAAAUUCCAGAAAGAAAUCGCGAGAUUGGCGGAAAACGAUGAGUUGCAGUUUAACGUCGUCUACUCGAUGAACAAGAAAAAUCGAUGGGAACAGGUUGAUUUUCAGGAAAAGCUGGGGAAACAUGAGAUUUUGAAGACUGACCCCGUGAAUCUGAUGAAAGAAGUCUCGGCCAAGGCCGACGUCGCCGUCGUCGAAAGGAACUUUGUCUCCUUUUUCGGUACUUCAAGAUGAGGAAAGAGCCUUCUAACAUGGAAUUUUCAGAAAACGAGGACAAGGAGGAGUCGACGGCUUUCGCAGUUCACUCCAGAACAGACUACGACGUCGACGACGAGUCUUUCGGUAUCAGAACUGCCAAAUGUGCCGGAAAGGGACAAAAGGUUCAGUUAACCAUAUAUUCAUUAUUCAAACCCCUUUUGAAGGUCUCCAACUUCGCCCCAGAAGCCAGAGAGCUGAGUGAGAAAAAGGACAAGAAGAAGCCGAAAAAGGAAGAAAAAAUGGCCAAGAAACCGACGGUCGUGUACAACAUCGUCCGCACGCAUCCGGUCAAGGAAAUCGCGACGGCCGGACUUUCCAACGCGAAAAGUUUGCUUCGAAAUGAGCUCAAGUUAAUUCGGACCAUUUCCAGGUGGAUCCAAAGCAAAAGGCAGGACCAGAGGUCGACCGGCGAACAUCAAGAAUAUCCAAGACUACGUCGGGAAUGACGAAGAUUAUUCUGAUGAGGAAGACGUCGAGGAUUCUGAAUACUCCUAUAAUCAUGACGCCAACGUCAAUUUUGCUGAUUAUCUGAUCGAAAAGGAGAAAGUCCAUCGGAAACCCACGGAAAUGGAAGAAUUCUCAAAUUUUCCUGAUGGGGAAGAAGUGGAAGAGACUUCUGAAUUUGAACCAAUAGUCGAUUUGUCUGAAGUACUUUCUGAAGACCACGUCUACACUGUGAAGCCGUACGAGUUCGUCAAGGAGAAUAUGUUCAAUUUUGAAGCGGAGGUAAAUCUUUGGACGCGUUUGGAAUGGCUCAACGGGAGAAAAUGUUGAAGUAGCCAAAUUCAAGAAAAUUCUUAGAAACUGGAGUCCAAACUGCGGCGCAACAGCAAGGCGUUGAGCCAUUCAACGCGAAAUACUUCAAAGCUGCUGCCUUCCAAAGAAAUUUUCUACUUUCUAGGUCGAAAAACUGCAAUCUGAAGAAGAUAUUCAAGUGAGAAGCGUUGGAAACAGAUGCAUCUUGGUAGAUGCUUCAAAUCUCGUCCAGAAGAAGCCAAAUUCCACACUUUUCAUCGUUUUUCGAAUGGUCGGGAGGAGAUGUCUGAGGUCAGAACUUUCUUAGAAAAAAAAAAACAAAAUGAUAUAUUUUCCAGCGUUGCUGUAAAUGCCUCCUUCAAAGCUUUGGAAAACACUGUCCAGAAGAUCCAUUCUGCUAUAAAUACCCAAAAAAGCAUGGUAGAGAUGGUCUACGAUAUCGGCCGGGUCGUCAAAGGCCUGCCUAUCAAGGGUCUUCAAACUCAUCCUGUCACGAAAACGUGAGAUUUUUCAAAGUUCUCAAAAUAGUCCAUUCGUGAGAGCUUCUGGAAUGGGAGUAAAAAAAUUCAUAUGCCGUGUUCAAAGUAAUUUCCGCGAAAUGCAAAAUGAUCUCUGACUCUCCAAAAUUUAGUGAUCUUUUCCUUUCUCAAACGGGUAUUUUGCAUUUCGCGGAAAUUACUUUGAACACGGCAAUAGAAAUUAUUGAUUUUAAGAGAUUUUAUUGAUAUUUUCUCAAGCGCAUAAAAACAGGAGCUCAAUUUUCAGGGUUCAAAAUUUGGCCGGUUUCGACUCAUCUCAUCUUGUCCCUCAGUUAUAUUCAACGGUAAAUUUUGCUAAUACUUUGAAAAUAAUAACUUUUAGGAGCCCUAAGAUUUAAAACUUUAAUUGAGUUGUACUUAAAAAAACCGAAAAUAAAAAUGUAAAAAAAAAUUUUUUUGGUUUAAGUAUGUUUUCUGUAGAAAAUAAAAAUGAAUUAGCUUUAGAUUCAAAAAAAAUCGAAGAUAUAAAAAAUUAAACAUGAAAGUUAAUAGCACGAGGCUCAAAAAUAGUUUCGCAAAUGUUCAAUUUUCGAGCAAAACCCUCAAAAAAUGGCCUUUUAAAUAUAGAAAAAGUGGAUUUUUUCAAAUUUUAACAAAUUUUAUACUCAAAAAAAGUUUUUUUCAUACUAUUUUGACUUACUCGGGAUACUCUCAAGACUUAUUUUAAAACUAAAAUUUGUUACAGCUCCGAAAAAAUUAUUUUUCUCAGGCUACCGCCCAAAAACGAGAAGAAAUCGUCCCAUUCAUCCAGAAUAACUACCUCGUUUCCGAAACUGAUAAAUUGGAACCGAAACGGUUCUCCUCGACCCGGGUAAGCUUGAAAAAUUAUUUCAAAAUCAAAAAGAUGAUGCCAGAAAUGCGAAAGCUGUAAGACAGGCGAUUGGAAGGAGCUCUACGAUUUGAAAGACGGAUCUUCGAGUUGUCUGAAUUGUCUGAGACAUUCCAUCUAUCGACAGUUGCGACAGGAAAUCUUCCCGGUUACUGUAAAUGUCCGUUUUUCUUCAAAACUAAGUUCAGAAUUGUUUCUAAGGGUUUGUAAGAGUUGUGCGACUCAACAAGGGAAUUUUUCAACUUUUGGAUGAACUUUGAAUGAAAAUUUUCGGCUUCAGGACUUUCUAAUUCCAGAAAAAGGGAAAAAUUCACAAAUUUCCCCUUUUAAUCGAGUUGUGACUUAUCAAAGAAUUCAAAAAUUUCCAUAUUUUAAGUAAUUUGCAAACUUUUCAUCGCCAGAACUCGACUAUGAGACCAAAUUCCAAAUUUAUGUCUUUUUCUGAAAAUCAAAAGAUCCAAAAAUACACUUAACAUAAUUUCCAUCAAAAAUUCACUAAGACACUAAGAAAACCUUCCUUGUAAGGGUCCUCGCCUCAAGACCUUCAUAAAAACUCCCUAUGCUCCUUUAAAAUCCUCAGCCAAGACUUUUUGAAGAAAAUCUAGAACGAAAAAAUAAAUCUUACAGUUGGCCCAGAAUGAAGGAGAUUCUGAACUCGACGCUCUUGCUGUCAUUCUCCCCAUAACCGUCUUCAGCUGGUAUACGAAGGUUCGAACCGAAUUUGUUUCAUUAAGAGGAAGAUUUCAUAUUCUUUCAGAGGUUGUUCGAGAACAUCUACACAAGUUUCGGGACAGCUGGAAAGUUUUUCGAUUGUUUCAAUUGCUCGGCUUUACUCUACCUGGAAAAAGAAGAUUCUACAGGUAUGCCUUUUUUUGGAUCUCAGUAUCUUUUUUUUUGAAUUUCUUUGUCCAUCUUUUUCUGGGGUCAGUUUUGAAAGGAAAAAACCUUGGCUUUUAUGCCCAAAAAUGGCGAGGUUUCGAGAAAUAAUUGUCAUUUCUGUCCACAUUAUGAACAAGAUUAACACUGAAAAAAGCCAAAUUUGAUUGCAAAAAAGUUGAAAUUUUUGUCGAAACGUUCCGAAUCUGAAACCUCUGCGAGUCUAAAAAUGAAAAAAACUCGAUAUUCCUUGAAAUUCCAUAAGAAGAAGGGAUUUUGAUUAUGAAUGUCUAAUUUCGUGACUUUUCAACGCUGUCAAAAAUCGCGAAAAAUCUUCUCGAAGUCAUUAAAAUUCAAAAACUAAUUCAGAAGAAACGAAAUGCGGCGUGAAAUGCGGCUUUUGCCACCAAGUUCGGUGUGAGAAAUGUUCCGGAGAAGUUCAUUGGCCGAUGAAUUGUGGAGAAUAUUCCGAGUGGAAACCAAAAUGGGACGUCCAAUGUGAGUUUGGAGGAACCUACUUUGAUCAUAAAAAGUUCCUCUUACAGAUAUAAUUCAAACCAUCGAAGACCAAUCGGAUUCCUAUCUUCUCGAGUUGGAGUGCAACUUUUGCAAAGUCAAAUUCGAAGUGAGGAAUAUUUCGAAUAAUCCAAGCAGUCUGACUUGUCUGCGCUCUCUUUUCUCUCCUCGGAAAGAUCAGAGAAACCAAAUAAGAAACGCCUUAUGCAUCUGUUCUACUUGAAGAAUCUUAUCGGGUUGGAAAAAUAACUAGUAGCCGCUUAAGAGAUCCCUCAAGAACUACUUGGAUGGAAUACUAAAGUGGCCACUAAACCCACCUCUAAAAUGGCCUCUAUUUUCCAUUUUAGUGGCUACUAUAGUAGUUUUCAGUACAUUGGUAGUAAGAAUCGGACUUCUAAACAAGCCACUUAAAGGUCCUCUAAUUCGACCACUAUAGCGACCACUGCAACAUCAAAUCCCUAAAGUGACCGCUAAAAAAGUUCCCAGUAAGCUUGAAAAAUCCCUGGUGAGAGAUCAGGAGAGCGCAGACAGGUCAGAGCAUUCAAAGUGAAGACGAAUCAAGUAUAAACUUUUUUUGGAAGUUCUCAAGUCUAAAUUCCAGAAAACCAUGCCCGUUUCCGAGCUGAAAUGUCCAGAAUGCAAGCAAGAGUUGCUCGAAACAGAUAUCGAAAGGAUAAAUUUGAUUUACGGAGAUGUUCGCCAUUUGAACAAGACCAGAGAUGGAGAAAGUCGGAAUCUAAUCCGACAAAUGAUCCCCUAUCAAGUGAGAAAACUGAUUCUUGAUGAACUAUCAAAAAAAUCCUGGUUUCAGUACAUAAAACUGUACACGAUGGCGUAUCGGACGUUGACACUUGAGAUGAUGAAACAAAGAUUCGGGACGAGGGUUCGGAAAGAGGUCGCCGAUGUGAGUGAAGUUAUUGAAUUUUAUGGUCGCAUGGGGAAUGGCUGAUCGCGUUGCGGCUGGGCAUUUGAAGCUUUUACGCGUAUUCAAAAGUCUUCAAUCCAUUGAAAAAGUGCGCAAGUCGUUUUUGGUCGGGCGCACCGAACCGCUUCGCAGAGGCCACUUGAUGAGCCAUUAUCCAUGCGGCUAUUUUUUUUUUCAAAUCGCGAUAAAUGAUAUAUUAGAAGUGGAACCCAAAGCACUAUAGAAAAGUUAUCUGAAACUUCCCAAAACACAUUUAAUUUUAAUAUCUUUUUUUAGAUUAGGAUUUCCGAGUUAAAAAGUUAAAAAAAUGCUUUUUCUUCAUAUUUUUUUGGUUUUAGUAUGAAGAUCAAAACCUCAAAAAUAUAAUUUCUCAUCUUUCUUUUAAUUUUGUGUUAUAAGCUUCCGAGUAUCAAAUAAUACAUCCAAUUGGCUCAUUUUCUUCAGAUUCCAUUCAAAAAAUCUUAAAAUAUGUUUCCAGUUAAAUUUUAGAAUAAUCUUUGAACUUCUCAACAAGACUUUUUGAACAGAAUACAACCAAAAAAAAACUAAUUUUACAAAAAAAGUCAUGAUAAAACAUCUUCCAGAUCUGCCUGGAAGCCCGGAAACAACGUCUUAGCACCCGGUUCCAACUAGAUUUGCUCAAUCAACUGAAAAACUUCAAAAAAGUCGAUCCGAAAAUCGAGGAACUUCCCAAGCUUUUCAACAUGGUUAACUCAUCGAAACCAAUGAAAAUACUUGAUUUUGUAUUUUUAGGCUCUUUUCUUAGUUGAGAACGUCAUGGGCUGGGUUUACGUUCAAAGAAAAAGCUCUGGUUCAGCUUCAGCCAUUUGUUUGAAAGCUCUGAAAAUUGUGAAGAAUACGGCUCAACAGCUUUCUUCCAACACGGAUUUGUGAGUUUCACGCCUUAAAAAAGUUCAAAAGUUGAUAAUUCAGGGCUCAGACGAUUCAAGCAGUCGAAAACCUUGAAAAAAUCGUCACGGAACUAAUCUCUUUCGUUAAAACUGUACGAGUAGAAAGAGAAGUUUGA